AUGGCUACAGAUGACCAUAUAUCAAAAUGGAAAAGAAAUCAAAAUACGGACACCAUUUUUUUUGGAUCUAACCGUAAUGACGUUAUCCAACAAAUUAGAACCCGAGUUAGAAACCAGGGAAGCGAAUUUACAGACAAUGAAUGGAACAUUAAAGAACGCCCGUUAAAAGCGCUUUAUAAAAAAAAUGAUAGUCCCAGUUCGAGCUCAUUUUUUAAGUAUGAUCCAAAAAUGACAAUGUCUAAGCGUAUCCAAAAUCAAAAUCGACGAUUCUAUGCUGGAGUACGGGGUCGUACGAGUCCUGACGAUGUUAAGCAAGGUCAAAUUGGAGACUGUUGGUAUCUCGCCGUUCUUUCUGGAGCCGCACAAGUUGAAGGUCUUAUCAAUUCUAUUGCUGUCGAAUACAAUGAAAAUCUUGGAAAGAACUGGAUUGGUACUGUAGUUGAUGACUAUUUGUUCUAUAACAGUAAUUCUAACGAAUUAGUAUUCAGCGACGGAAAUGUAACUUGGGUUCCGCUUCUCGAAAGUAAAUCUGCAUUUGCCAAAAUUCAUUAUAGUUACGAAAGUCUUGACGGUAAUUGGCCGUCUUUAGCACUUACGAGUCUAGGUGCAGAUGGCUUAGUCGGGAAUCAUGUAUACACCAUUCUUCGUGCCGUAAAUUUCCACAGUAAUAUGUUGGUCAAAAUUCGUAAUCCAUGGGCGAAUACUGAAUGGAAGGGUCGAUGGGCAGAUUCUGAUCAAAUCUGGUGGCCAUGGACAAAUAAAGGAACAUCAACUAGAAUAAACGAAUUGGAUUAUUCCUUCGGAAAUGAUGGUACCUUCUUUAUGGAAUACCAAGAUCUUUUGUCUAAUUUCUCUCAGAUAGAUGGUCGUGAAUACCCAUUGACUGUUGAUCCCAAUCUUGAUAUUACAAAUCAUCUUACAUCGAGUUGGUGGAAUGGUCAAUACUCUAUAUUUUACACAGAUAGAAUGAAUCAGCCAGACUUGUCAACUAUAGAAUUAACAUUUUUAGGACAGCAUCCUAACAAUUGGAUUUCUCUUGUUUCCGCUAGCGGAAAGGAUGGAUUGGGUCCUUAUAUCAUCGAGCAAGGCCAGCAUAAUCUAUCAUCAAAAACUAUCACAUUUAUUAAACGUUAUAUCAAUUGUAAUAAUAACGCAGUCUGGCACUAUCAAGGCAUUUACUCUCACAAGAUGUUUUUUGGAAAUUGGGGCACUCCUAGCCAGCCGAAUCUUGGAAAAUUCAUUAUUAGACGGGUUCCCAAGAUUGAAAAACAAUCACUCACAGGAAAGUGGUGUGGAUAUUAUUUUUAUAACCCGAAUAACGGUAACGAUCUAAUGUCAAUUGAUCUAACUGUACAAAGCAAUCCAGCUGGCGGUAAUACGAUUUUUGGAUCCAAUGGCAUAGACAAAGUUGGGAAGUUUACAAUUCAAGGACACAUGUCAGUUAAUGGUUCGGUUAACUUUACCAAACAAUAUGUUGCCGCACAAUCAUGGAUUUAUAAUGGAUUGAUGAGAAGAAGCGAAAUGUGGGGAACAUGGGGUAAUAAUAACGGGUUUUCCUUAUGUGGAAAAACUAGUAAUUUAACGAAGUAA